AUGUCUCAACCAACCUACGCCAUCGAAGGUACUCAGCUGCCAGAAGGACGAGGAGAUCCGCCAGCUCGACAGGAGGUCACGUCCUGGAUCAACAACCCGGACAAUUCGCGCCAGGUCUCCCUGUUCAUGAGAGCUCUUACCGAGUUUCAGCAUCUAUCUCCAACCGAAGACCCGCUUUCCUAUUAUCGAGUUGCAGGCAUUCACGGCAACCCAGACGUGAGCUGGGACGGGGUUGCUAACCCUCCAGGAACGACUGGCCUUUCCUCUUGGUGGUGUGCACAUAACAAGGAGACUUUUGCCAGCUGGCAUCGCCCGUAUCUCGUGCUGUUCGAGCAACGGAUAUACGCUUUAAUGGUAGCGACUAUUGCAAAGAACGUCCCCAACGAUAGUCAGAAACCCUGGGAAGAUGCUGCUCGGGAAUGGCGUCUGCCCUACUGGGACUGGGCUUUAACCCAGCCAUACAUCAAUGCCCUCGGGGUUCCAGAAGUGUUUACGAAGGACCGAAUUGAUAUCGUGGACUUUGCCGACAAUACCCCUCCCACAAUGGAGAAUAUCGCCAAUCCACUCGCAAAAUUCUCCAAUCCUACUGGAACUGCGAUGGGCGAUCAGUCAAUGGGCGAUUUCGCGCUUACGGGGGAGCCGUGGAGCAAUGCUAUUGCAACCAGCAGGCACGGCAUUGACCGCGCAGAUGUCACGGCUUCGUGGGUCGGCGGGGUCAACAAUUGGACCAAGUCCAACGAGGAUAUACAAGGAGGUAAUGGAGUAACCUCAAUCCCAGACCAGAUCUACAGAUUGUUUGCGACCGAUUUCAGUUCUUGGGAAUCCUUUUCGUCCACCAAGUCCCAGCCGAUUGACUUUCUGUCCCUGGAGGGUAUUCACAAUAAUAUCCAUGGGUACACUGGCGGUAGAGACCCAGGAAUGAUCGGGCACAUGGGUGAUACUUCUGUCGCCGCUUUCGACCCAAUAUUUUGGUUCCACCAUUGCAAUGCCGACCACCUUGCAGCGACAUUCCAGACACUCCACCCGGACAUGUGGUAUGACCCCACAACCGACCUGGCGUCAACAAAGCUCGAACCUUUCCACCGCGACACAACAGGCACAUCAUGGACAGCUGAUGCAACCAGAGACUGGAAAGCAAAUCUCAGGUACACGUAUGACGAUUUAGAAGCGCCACACCCACCACGGGCAUUUGCUGCUUUCCACAGCCUCGCAGCCAGGACCAUUGGGCGUCCACGAACAGGGGCAGAUAACCAACCUGACCUCUCGCUUAUUAGACGGAGAAUCAAUGAGAAGUACGGGACUGUCCAAAGACAGAUCAUGAAUUCCCCUGAUAUCAUCGGAAAGGAGAAUGACUACGUGAUAAAUAUCAUCUACGACCGCUAUGCUUUAGACGGCGCACCAUACUACAUCCACUUCUUCCUCGGCGACCCACCACCCGACAGAGAUUCAUUCACGCACACAGACAGCUAUGUCGGCAGUAUGUACACAUUCAGCAGUAAGCUGGAGGAUAGCACAAACGCCACACGGUGCGGGAAUUGCCUCGACCAGAGAUCAGAGGGUAUCCUAUCUACCUCCCAGGUACCGCUUACAGAAGCCAUACUGCGCUCCGUUAAAUACCCCGGUAUAGCGGAUCUACACACUAUGGAACCAGAUGAAGUGGAGACCUACUUGGAGACCCAUUUGGUCUGGCGAGCCAAUAUUGCAAUUCAGGAGCCUGGCGGCGCCACACAAUCAACCAUGAUCGAUAUGUCACGCCUUCCCAAGACCAAGAUCUUUGCAAUGAGGGGGAGAGUCCAUUAUCCAGAGAAUGACUCCGAGUUAUCAACCUAUAGCAAUUACACUAUAAUGUGGAGAGCUACGUCGGAUAAACCAGGUGGCGCUGUUGAGUCUGAUGCGCAGCCAGUUUCUUGA